AUGAAGACCACCAUCAUUGCCACUCUUAUUGCCAGCGCUGCUGCCUUUGCUCCUGCUCAUCAAGCAGUCCGCUCCACUGCCUUGAACGGUGUGGACCUCACCAAGGAGAUUGGCGCCCAAGCUCCUCUCGGAUUCUUUGAUCCCACUGAAUCUUGCGGUGGAAAUCCUACCAACGCCAGUCCAGAGGAAGUGGAAGAGUUCGAACGCAAGAGAUGGAUCGAGCUUAAGCACGGACGCAUUGCCAUGCUUGCCGUGGUUGGAUACCUUGUCACUUACGCAGGUGUCCGAUUCCCAGGUGCCGAAGACGUUCCCGCUGGAUUCGCUGCCUUGUCCGCUGUUCCAGGUAUGGUCUGGGCCCAGUUCGCUGCCACCACCGCCAUGAUGGAAGCCGCCAACCAAGAUCAAUUCAAGGCCCCAUGGGGAACUGCUGAGGGUGAAAGCAAGGCCGAAUUCAAGGGUGACUUCCGCAACAAAUUCAUUGAUUUCGGAUGGGACAGCCAAUCUGAUGCUUGGAAGAGAAGAAAGCGCACCAUUGAGUUGAACCAAGGCCGUGCCGCCAUGAUGGGAAUUGCCGGUCUAAUGGUCCAUGAUCAACUUGGAAACGUUGCUGACAUCCUUCCAUAA